AUGGCACCAUCCAGUCCGCGCAAGUCAAUUGAUAGCCUGGCAUCAGGCGCAUCGACUCCGUCUAUCUCCUUUUACUCUUCGCCUCAGCUAGAGUCGCCGCGGGUACCCUCUCAACGGUACCCCCUGAGGAGGGGAUCUACGGCGAGCUCCAUCGUGAGCAUUGGAGGGGCCCUAGACACUUCUCACCACCAUGGCUCAAUUGCCGAGUCUGGACAGAAUGCCAUUUCCACGCUGCUGCAACCGCCCAUAGUCCGCACCGGCUUGACACCUCAUACUGCUGCCUCUGCCACCGGAUACAAACCCCCCUCCUCCCGCGAUAUUCCCCCAGUUACUCUCACAAACAUCAUGCAUGUGGACCCCAAGGUAUUCCAACCGUACCUGUCGCAAGUCGGCGGUCUGUAUGAUGUCUUCCAACAAUCAAAGGAGAACGCCGGGGAAGAGAAUCAGCAGGGACAGGGGAUUAAAUCUCCCAAGCCAGACGAUAGUGAAUCAUUGAUGCCAUGGAGUCCCGAGCGAAGAUCUUCAUUCAUGUCUACGAGUAGUUCACGGCCCACCUCGCCUUAUGACCCCCGCGGACGACGUUCCUCGGCUGGCUCACGGGGUCGCGGGCCUGCCGUGACGCCUUUAUCUACCAUUCCAUCUGUUUAUUUCGACGAGGAUUUCCACCUAGAGAAUCCCCGCACAUUUGAUGUGGUCUCGGAGAAAUCCGAGGUUGUCAGACCACCAAGGCCGCCGAUAAAGGAUGAUAAGCACUCGAAUGGAGGCCCGCCAGAGCCUGUUUAUACCGGAAGAAAGGCACUGGCUACCAAUGCUAUUCUCCAAGAGAAGCUCUCUUGGUAUAUGGAUACGGUGGAAAUUCACCUGAUUUCGUCCAUUUCGACCGCUUCCAAGUCAUUCUUCACAGCUUUAGGUUCACUACGGGAAUUGCAUGCCGAAGCUGCCGAUUCAGUGGACCGUAUCCAGAUCUUACGGCGAGACUUGCAGAAAAUCGAUAAAGAGAUGGCUCUGGGUGGCCUGAAAAUAGUGAAUUUGAGACGGCGGAGGGAAAACGUGCGGAUGCUGGCAGCCGCAGUGGCUCAGCUUCGUGACGUUGUCGAGUCUGUCUCCCGGUGCGAGGAACUCGUCGAACAAGGAGAUAUUGAGGUUGCCGCGGAUGAGCUUGAAGAGGUUGAUAAAUUGAUGGCCGGCGAGAAAGUUUCCGAUCGCCCCGCCGAAGAAGACGACAGGGAUCUCCCAAGGCGAGCAAUUGACAUUCGAGGUCUCAAGGCUCUUGAAGGGGCGUCCGAUGAUCUUGCGAUGCUGCGACAGCGCAUUGGAAUGGGCUACGAAUCCCGUUUCUUGAACGAUCUUUUGGGAGACUUGCGUCAACAUGUCCAAAAUGUGUCUUCCAAUGUGACUUUGCAGCGUUGGGGUGCCUCUUUCCAGCGACAACGUGGUGGUCAACGUCCUGCAUCCAUGGUGUCUCCGGCAUAUAUGAACUUUGAUAGUGAGCUCCGGUCUAGAUUGCAAACUCAGCUCAAUGGCUUGGCCCGAGCCCGGUAUACAACUCCUGCGGCAACCUCUUUCAAAACGGCCGUUCUACGAGAGAUGAAAGGAUUGAUUCGCAACCACUUGCCCAGCUCCAGUGAUGACGACAACGAGUCUAUGGCAUCAGUAUCGACACACAACGACCGGCAGCGAAGCCAACAGGAGAAAUCAUCAACUCUUGCGCGCAAUCUUCGUGCACUUGAACCAGAGGAUGCCUACGCAAUGCUCGUGGCAGUAUACACGGGCAUUAGCGAAUGCUUGCGUCGCCUGAGUGUUCAGGUCAAAAUUCUUUUGGAUGUCGCCAGUGGUCUUGGAAGCUCCCCAACUGUUGGUGCCAAAUCCCCACGAAGCCCUCAUCCGGAGCGUGGGGACGAUGGAUCAUCCGCAUCCGCCAUGGCACAGGAUGAGAUCUUGCAAGUUUUGGACAUGUCGAGUCUGCUCGGCCAAGCGGUAGACAUUGCUCAGUCUCAGAUCACAAAGGUUCUCAAAGUUCGGUCGGAACAGACAUCUCAGCUUUCGAAAGAAGAAUUCCUGAAAUACUUCACUCUUAACCGCCUGUUUGCUGACGAGUGCGAAGCAAUUUCCGGGCGAGGUGGCACUGCACUGAAGACUAUUGUGAGCAACCAGAUCAAGGAAUUUAUUACUCGAUUUGGUGAAGGCCAGCGACAUCGUAUUGUCAAGGUCAUGGAUGCAGACCGGUGGGAUGCUCGUGACUUUGGAGAUUCCGAGGUCAUCAUUCUCACGCGUAUCCUCAACGCUAGCACCAAGGAUAUUGAAGCCUGGGUUGAAGUUUCGAAGAUUUGGGUGCCAGAUAAUGACAAUGAGAAACACAAAACCCCCGAAGCAAGCAGCGGCGUCAACGGAUCUGGCAAGGAGAAGGUGCGCCCUGCGGUCAUUGACGAACAGAAAUACAUUCUGCCCGACUCAGCCGUGGAAAUUAUGCGCAGCAUCGAGGAAUUCGAGUUCCUCAUGGCCAAUAUUCCUAGCAUGAUCCAGGAUAUUGCUCCACAAUUGCUGGAAAUUUUGAAACUGUUCAAUUCUCGAUCCUCACAAUUGAUUCUCGGGGCGGGCGCUACGCGCAGCGCAGGCCUGAAGAACAUCACGACCAAGCACCUUGCCCUUUCAUCGCAGGCAUUGAGCUUCGUUAUUGCCAUGGUACCGUAUGCUCGAGAAUUUGUUCGACGCCAUGGACAAGGGAAUCAAGUCAUGGCCGAGUUUGACAAGGUCAAGCGGCUCUGCCAGGAACACCAGACCGGCAUCCAUGAGAAGCUUGUGGAUAUCAUGAGCUCACGGUCAACUGUUCAUGUCAAUGCCAUGAAAAAGAUUGAUUGGGAUGUGGACAACUCAUCAGGCGUUCAUGGUUACAUGGAGACCCUGGCCAAGGAGACCGGCACUUUGCACCGUGUCCUGAGCAAGCAUCUCCCCGAUCUGACCGUUGAAAUGAUUAUGGGCCCUGUGUUUAGCAACUACCGAGGCCAAUGGAUGAAGGCCUUUGAAGAAGCCCAAGUUGAGUCGGAGGCAGGCAAGAAGAGAAUGCAAGCCGACAUCGAGCAUUUCCGCACGAAGCUCGGCAAAAUCAACGGCGCUGGCGAAGUCGGUGAUAAGCUGCUCGAGCUUGUCCAAGCCAAAACCACUGCCCCUCCUGUCCCUGCACCCGAGCCAGAAGCCGAAUCCGCGAGCGAAAAUCAAGACCAAGGCAGCAGCUCCGAAUCACCCGAGUUUUGA